AUGACAGGCCACAGUGAGAGGUCCGAGGAAAGACGCAUUGAAGAUAGCGAACGACUGCCGCAUAAACUACCCAUCAACGCUAUAGCCCCAUCAGACCGCGAUUCGAUUAGAAUACCAUCGCCAGUAAGAUUAAACAGUCCACACAUGCCCAAAAAUGACUCUCGAUUGGCAAAUGGCGGAUCCGUCAAACCCAAUCUCAAUAGCACUUUGAACAAUCGUAACACGAGUGCAUACUACCAAACGAGCGAGACGAUACACAAUCCAAAACCCACACAUUUUAAUAAUAAAGCGCCACAGUUCUCCCUCAAUACCGCUGCAACAGUAACUGCAACAAAUGCACUUGCAAGUGCAAGUGCAAAUGCAAGUGCAAAUGCAAGCGCAAAUACAACAAUAGCCACUUCCAGUGACAGUGGUGCUCUUGGCGAAGAUAAUGAAAUUGUUGAGUUUGGAACUAUAACAUCACCUCCUUCAACAUUUCCUUCAACACCCAACUCUGUUGACUCAUCAGCAAUGCCAACAGCCUCUUCUCUAAAUCUCCCGAGACUCGUGCACAAAUGGACACACACCCAUUCAAUCUUGUGUUGCAUCGCUUCGCCUAAAAACCGCCUUCUAAUAUGCGGUACGCAAGACGGGAAAGUCUUGGUGUUUGACUUGUCGACUUAUAGCUUGAAAUACGAGAUCGAUCGAGGAGAAGGAAGCCACCAAAUACACUCCAUACUAACACUAACAUUGAGCAAAAACGAAGACUUUUUGUUUGUUGGCGGAUCAGACUCAUUAGUCAAAGUCUACAACAUUAAUGGAUUUGUAUGCACUCACGUCAUAUACUCAUUAGUAGACAUUGGCGAUAUCUUUUCAAUCGUUUGGUGCGACCAAUCGCAGACCUUAUACAUUGGAGCACAGAAUGCGAGCAUACUAUGGUGCAAAUUGUCCGAUGCAGACAAUACGACACAACUAAAUAACAUGCCCAACUUCCGUUACGACAAGUUCUUUGACUCAAAGGGACCAGGAGGUUCAAAAAACACGCUUCAAACUAGACACGAGCUUUAUAGGAAAAACUCCAAUAGUGUAAGGGAAAACAAUUCAACUACUAUCAAAUUUAUCGAAUGCAAAAACGAAGAAAUUGUCAGAUUUGCACAUCACGGAUACGUCUAUUGUCUUGAAAUAGUUGACACCCCCAUUGGCCAUUUUAACGAAUGCAAAUACCUUGUGUCUGCUGGAGGCGAUGGAGUAAUUAAUAUCUGGUCCAUGAAAAAUAAGAAAUUGACAAAGUUGACCUCUUUACAAAAUGACGAAUCGGUCUUAUCAAUGUGCCUCCAAAACUCCUUACUAUACGUUGGCGUUGGUGACUCAAAUAUCAACGUAUGGGACUUGAUGACUCUACAGAAGAUUAGAUCAUUCCAGUUUACAGACCGCGAACUGAAUGAGGUUUUGAGUAUUGCAGUUCACAAUGAUGCAUUGUUCAAGGCGUGUGCAUAUUCGGGGUUGGUGAAAUUGACCAUGAAAUACAGAGAUGUGUCAAAUAGUGUUUUGAUGAGUCCUCAAGAAGAAGAUGGCGUUACCAAUACUGUUAAUGUUUUCAAGUUGGGGCAAGAAGUUUUCCUUCUUGCUGGUGGAAACAAGAACCUUUCGUUAUGGAAUAUCAGCGAUGGAGCCGAGGGUGAAGAAAUCUCACCACAUUCGGCUUCGCUGGCAACCGUUCCAUGCACAAGACUUGGCAACAACGACUUGCUCUCAAUGUUGAAAAAAUUUGUAACUUACAAAACAAUUAGUAAGACACCGGAGCUUUACCUUGAAGAUAGUCGACAUUGUGCGCAAUUUUUGUCCAAAUUGCUCAACAAUUUCGGCGCUUACCAAACUAAAUUGUUACCAGUUCAAGAUGGGAACCCAAUUGUUUUUGCAGAGUUUAAAGCAAACUCUAAUUUAAACUCUAGCUCAGGUUCUAGUUCAGGUUCUAGUUCAGGUUCUAAUUCAGGUUCUAAUUCAGGUUCUGAUUCAGGUCCUGAUUCAGGUCCUGAUUCAAGUGCAGAGCUCAAGUUUUCAAAGCUGGAGCGUAUUUUGUAUUAUGCGCAUUAUGAUGUUGUUGAUGCUACACGGCAAGAGGCUCAGGACUGGAGCACAAACCCAUUUGUCUUGACAGCAAAGGAAGGGAAUCUUUAUGCUCGAGGUGUCAGCGAUAACAAGGGCCCUACUUUAGCAGCAGUUUAUGCUGUUGCCGAGCUAUUUUCUAAAAAGGAACUAACUUGUGAUGUUGUAUUUAUAAUCGAAGGCGAGGAAGAAUGUGGGUCGCUUCGAUUCCAGGAUGUUAUAAAACAACACAAGGAGUUGAUUGGAGAUAUUGAUUGGGUCUUGUUGAGCAACUCGUAUUGGUUAGAUGACUAUACUCCAUGUUUGAACUAUGGAUUGAGAGGUGUGAUAAAUGCUAAUGUCACCAUCAAGUCUGAUAGACCAGAUAGACAUUCAGGUGUUGAUGGAGGAGUUAGUAGAGAACCGGUGAUGGAUAUGGUUCAAGUGCUUAGCACAUUAAUGGAUCCAACCACUCAGGAAAUAAAAAUUGAUGGAUUUUACGAUGAUAUAUUACCUUUAACAGCUGUUGAGGAACAACUAUACGAAAAAAUUAGAGAGAUGCUGAAAACAUCAGUUGAUAUUGAUAUUCUAAAGGCUAAGUGGAGACAGCCUUCGUUAACUAUUCACAAGAUACAAGUUUCGGGACCCAAUAACAAUACAGUUAUACCCCAAGUUGUUAAGGCUACAAUUUCCUUGCGUAUUGUGCCAAACCAAGAUUUGGAAACAAUUAAACAGAAACUUAAAGACCAUCUUGGUAAUGUGUUUAGCUCACUUGGUUCAGAUAACUCCUUACUGGUGAAUGUAUUCCAUGAAGCUGAGCCUUGGCUUGGAGACCCUGAAAACAAAAUGUACCAAAUCUUGCGUGAGAAUGUGCAACAUCAUUGGCAACAAGAGCCUAUAUUUAUUAGAGAAGGUGGAUCGAUUCCCUCGGUAAGGUUCUUGGAGAAAUGCUUUGGCGCGCCAGCUGCACAGAUCCCAUGUGGCCAAUCAAGUGAUAACGCUCAUUUAAAGGAUGAAAAACUUCGAAUUGUUAAUUUGUUCAAGUUGAGAAGCAUUUUGACAGACACCUUUAAGGAGAUUGGCUCUCAAAAAUAA